AUGGACUCUGAGUCAACAGUAAAAAAUGUAAAAUCAAAAAAUGACGUCGAUACUUUUGUUCCCGUUGUUGUAAAAGCUCGAUGGUGGAUGCUGACGCUGUUUUGCACGGUUACAUUACUAAAUGCAUUUCAGUGGUUGCAUAUUAAUAUUGUUGCCCCUGACUCUGUUUUUUUCUGGAAUGGGUCAUUACCAGAAUCUAAACAGGGCAAGGAUUUAGCGAUUGCAUGGCUCUCCAUGAUGUACAUGCUUGUCUAUAUUCCAAUGAUUGUACCUGCGACAUGGCUUCUCAAUCACUAUGGUCUUCGGGUGUCAAUUCUAAUUGGCGCCGGUUUGAAUGCACUUGGGGCUUGGAUUAAGUGCCUUUCGAUGGAGUUGUCUCAGCCUUAUGGUGUCGAUACAACUUCGGCUACUGCUUCGUUUCCUCUCCUCAUGGUCGGACAAUUUGUUUGUGCUUCAGGUCAAGUCUUUCUUCUCGGAGUUCCUGCUCAACUGGCUUCUACAUGGUUUGGAAAGUCCGAGCUCGCUCUGGCUACCGCCAUCGGCGUAUUUGGAAACCAAGUCGGCUGUGCAUUAGGGUUUGGUCUCCCGCCUUUGAUGGUUCCUCCCGUAACAGAGACUACCGGAAUCGACCAAUUCGACAAUGUUCGAAAGGGCUUCAGGAUUAUGUUCUAUGGCGGUGCAGCUAUCAUGUCUCUCGAUCUCAUUAUUGUGGCCCUCUGCUAUAAAGAAGAGCCAAAAAUGGCACCCAGUCUGGCUCAAUACCGAAAGAUUUUACAACGGCGGGGCGUAAAAAACGAAGAAUCUAGUGCGGAUAAUGAAACUUCUAUUCACGACGCAGAGGAGAUCGAUUUGCUUCAAAAGAGCUACUUUAAACAGGUUCUCUACUGUUUCAAGAGUGUUAGCUUCGUGUUUCUUAAUAUUUGCUACGGUGUCAAUACUGCCGUAUACUAUGAGAUCGGAACCCUCUUAAACACCAUCGUCGCAGCCUAUUUCCCGAAUGAACAGGUGGCAAUUGGAUGGAUUGGAUUCUCCAUGGUGAUUGCUGGCUUGGUUGGUUCCAUAGUAGCCGGAAUAAUACUCAAGAAAACUGGUCUCUAUAAGCUUGUUGUGAUUAUUUUCUAUAUACUCAGUGUCAUUAGUUGGGGGACUUUCAUGGGCAGUGUGUACAGCUCCCACAUUGCAGUAGUUUUCAUUGCUAUGAUUCUUCUGGGAUUCUUCCAAUCUGGUAUGUUGCCACUCGGAUUUGAAUAUGCAGCCGAAAUAACUUAUCCAGUUGAUGAGGGUAUUACCUCAGGAAUUCUCAAUACCUCAGCUCAUGUGAGUUUAUUUAUCUAA